CAAAAAGCAGUCGACUGGCAAUGGUGAAUCGUAGUAAUCUUAGCGUAAAUAAUUGAAAGAGAAAGAAUAUCGGAUGGACGAGGUCAAAUUAUCUUUGUAGGCCUUUUGUUUCAUUUUUGCUGCCAAUUAGAUCUCAGUUAAUUUUCAAGCUGGAGAGAAUAGCGUAUAGUUUUCUAAUAUUCUAUACGUCAUUUUAAAGGAUAUUUACAUUUAUGAUGUUAAAAAUGGUUAACGUUAUGGCUGAUACACGAAAACAGAAGUCGGUUAAAACAUCUGGCAAAUCGCAUGUUUGUGAAUUGUGUCUGAAAAGGUUUACUCGUAGGAGUAAUCUUGCAGAACACUAUUUAAUACAUAAAGAUGAGAAACCAAAUGUAUGCGAACUUUGUAAUAGAGCAUUUCGCCACAGAAGUUCUCUAACGAGACAUUAUUUGUAUCAUACCGGUGAAAAACCCUUUGUAUGCGAAAAAUGUGGACGGAGAUUUUCUGACCAGAGUAACCUGACUCGUCAUUAUGUAACACAUAGUUCUGAAAAGCCGUUUGACUGUCACAUGUGCCAAAAAACAUUCCACUCAAAAAGAAAUCUUACUAAGCACAUACGGUGCCACACUGGUGAAAAACCUCAUGCUUGUGCUGUGUGUAAAAAGAGAUUUAGUCGCAGAAGCAACCUUUCACGACAUUAUGCCAUCCAUACUACUGAAAAAUCAUACGUAUGUGAUUGCAGUAAAGUAUUUCGUGAAAAGAGUGAUCUAUUAAGGCAUUCGUUGUUACACAAAGGUUUAAAGUCACACACCUGCCAUGUAUGUAAAAAGACCUUUAAUCGUAAAAGUAAUCUUUUUCAACAUUAUUUCACACAUACUGAUGAGGGAAAAUCGCAUUGUUAACUAUAACAAAAAUGUGAAACACUUGAUCUUUGUAUUAAAUUUUCAAAUGCAUAAUUACUGUAAAACAAUAAAUCCAUAAAAUGUUAUUCUUUA